GGGGCGGGGCCAUUGGGAGGCGGAAACAGCCGCAGCUAUGGCGGCGGCAGCGCAGCUUUCACUGCUGGUGCUGUUGCUUCUCGGGCCGGGCGUCUGGGGCCAGACGGAGCCCCCACGCGACAGCCUGCGGGAGGAGCUCGUCAUCACUCCGCUGCCUUCUGGGGACGUAGCCGCCACAUUCCAGUUCCGCACGCGCUGGGAUUCGGAGCUGCAGCGGGAAGAAGUAUCUCAUUAUAGGCUCUUCCCCAAAGUACUGGGGCAGUUGAUCUCUAAGUAUUCUCUACGGGAGCUGCACCUGUCCUUAACCCAAGGCUUCUGGAGGACUCGAUACUGGGGGACACCCUUCUUGCAGGCCCCAUCAGGUGCAGAGCUGUGGGCCUGGUUCCAAGACACCGUCACUGAUGUGGAUAAGUCCUGGAAGGAGCUCAGUAACGUCCUCUCGGGGAUCUUCUGCGCCUCUCUCAACUUCAUUGAUUCCACCAACACAGUCACGCCCAGCGCCUCCUUCAAACCCCUGGGGCUGGCCAAUGGCACAGAUCACUCCUUCCUGCGCUAUGCGGUGCUGCCUCGGGAGGUCGUCUGCACUGAGAACCUCACCCCGUGGAAGAAGCUCUUGCCCUGCAGUUCCAAGGCAGGCCUCUCUGUGCUGCUGAAGGCCGAUCGCCUGUUUCACACGAGCUACCACUCCCAGGCAGUGCAUAUCCGCCCUGUUUGCAAAGAUGCACGCUGUGCCAGCACCUCCUGGGAGCUGAGGCAGACCCUUUCCGUUGUAUUUGAUGCCUUCGUCACGGGGCAGGGGAAGCAAGACUGGUCCCUCUUUCGGAUGUUCUCCCGAACCCUCACAGAGCCCUGCCCCCUGGCUUCGGAGAGCCGAGUCUAUGUGGACGUCACCAACUAUAGCCAGGACAAUGAGACAUUGGAGGUGUACCCGCCCCCGCUAACCACGUACCAGGACGUCGUCCUGGGCACCCGGAAGACCUAUGCCGUCUACGACCUGCUGGACACGGCCGUGCUCAACAGCUCGCGCAGCCUCAACCUCCAGCUCAAGUGGAAGAGACCCCCAGGGAAUGAGGCCCCACCCAUGCCCUUCCUGUACGCCCAGCGGUACGUGAGCGGCUACGGGCUGCACAACGGGGAGCUGAGCACGCUGCUGUAUAACACCCACCCGUACCGGGCCUUCCCCGUGCUGUUGCUGGACACUGUGCCCUGGUACCUGCGGCUGUACGUGCACACCCUCACCAUCACCUCCAAGGGCAAGGAGAACAAACCAAAGCUAUGCGUGGCCCCUACCUCUCCCCCAGGUUACAUCCACUACCAGCCUGCCCAGGACCGGAUGCAGCCCCACCUCCUGGAGAUGCUGAUUCAGCUACCGGCCAGCUCGGUCACCAAGGUCUCCAUCCAGUUUGAGCGGGCGCUGCUUAAGUGGACCGAGUACACCCCGGACCCCAACCACGGCUUCUACGUCAGCCCAUCUGUCCUCAGUGCCCUCGUGCCCAGCGAGGUGGCCGCCCAACCCGUGGACUGGGAAGAGAGUCCCCUCUUCAACACCCUCUUCCCAGCCUCCGACAGCUCCAGCUACUUCGUGCGGCUCUACACGGAGCCACUGCUGGUGAGCCUGCCCACGCCGGACUUCAGCAUGCCCUACAACGUCAUCUGCCUCACGUGCACAGUGGUGGCCGUGUGCUACGGCUCCUUCUACAACCUCCUCACCCGAACCUUCCAGAUUGAGGAGCCCAGCAAGGGCGGCCUGGCCAGGCGGCUGGCCAACCUCAUCCGGCGCGCCCGAGGCGUCCCCCCGCUCUGAGGCGCGCCCUCCUCACAGCUGGGCUGCUGCUUCUCUCCGAGGUGGGUGGUGACUGACCCCCAGGGCUGCUUCCGCCGCGUGCCCUCCCCCGAGGCAGUUUUUGAACCAGGCUGACCCCUGGAUUGGGCCAGGGCCUCAAGUGGCGCUAUCAGGACGGUAGCCACUAGCCAGAUGUGUGUUUGAAUUGAAAUUAAUUGAAAUUGAAAGUGUACUUCCUCAGCCGUACUAGCCCCAUUUCAAGUGCUCGGUAACCAAAAGUGAUCAGCAGCUGCAGUACUGGGCAGCGAGGACAGAUGUUUCCAUCACUGCAGAAAGUUCUGUUAUACGAUGGCCUGGAUAAUAGGAUGUGCUGAGGAAUUCGUAUCAUGCGGUAGGUGGAGUUCACUGGGUGUGGAAUAAAAAGUGCCUGUUUCCUUGGUU